AUGCUCUCAAUACGGCUCGCGCGUCCACGAUGCUCCACAGUACUUGUGCGGCGGGGUCUAUCUACAUCCUCCGUCCGUUCAAUCGCCCAGCUCCGGCACGAUCCCCUGCGCGUCUCCAUCCCGACCGAUGAACUUGGCCUCCCAGUACCCCAGUCGCCGCCUAUCACUGCGUUCGAGCUGACCCCGAUCUCCCAUGCCCUCCUGCAGCGCCUGCACGGACUCGCGGCGUUAAACCCCCCACCAGAGGGGAGCCCCGAGGAGACAGCGCUGCGACACGACCUCGGUGAUCUCGUGGGCCUUAUGGACCUUGUGCAUGAGGUGGAGGUGCGCGAUGUCGGCGAGCUGCUCUCGAGCACUGGCGAGAUUGUGUUCAAUGCGGACGCGAUCAAGGGCCGUGGAGAAGCGGAUCUUGAUGAAUGGGAAGGACGGCCCCUGCUCGAUUACGCGACGCGGCGCGUGGGCGACUUUUACGGGUUCAAGGCGACGAUCAAGGGCGAGGACGAGGGAUAG